GAGCACAGAAACGAGACAGCUGGGAUUUUGACAACCGCGUACUUUACGCAGACCUUUAGCGACUUCACCCCUUGGUGAGCUCUCAUUCACUUUUUGCUUCUGUCGUCUUGCUGCGAGCUCCGUUUUAUUUUUAACAAGCCACAAACAUUUGAGUGCACACGUGGAUAUGUUUGCUUUCUAUGGAUGACAAAGGUCAAGUCGGAAAAUAAGUUGAAACCUCCAGUUGGAUUACAAGGAGACCUUCGCAAGGGACCCUCACAAGUAACGCUGCAGGCGCGGAGUUGUCGAUACGAAUGGUAACCUAUACGUUUUGGAUAUGUACCAAGGUUUAACAAUGGCAACAAACCAUGGACCCCCGUCUUACGAACCUAGUUUUAUACACAAUGCUGCUGCUACCUCGCCAGUCUACGUGCCAACGACUCGGGUUACUCCCAUGAUUCCAGCCUUGCCUUACCUCCAAACGCACGCAGCGUCCCAGCAGAGCAACCCGGUGUCGAGUCACUCUGCUUGGUCCCAGCCGGGCGCAGAGUCGGUCCCCUCUUACAACACAAGCAAUGCGCACCACUCGCCCGUGUCGUCUCGCUUCACCUUUUCCACCAGCCCCCCUCUGUCCUCCGGCGUUGCCGCAGUCCGGGAAACGGCAACAUACACGAGUCCUCUGAACAUCUCCACCAAUGGUAGAGAACACUACGGAGCCAGGGGACUCGGCAGUUCCUAUCACAGUCCAUACCCGGCAAAUAUCUAUCCGAACAUGGGGGGCACCUGGGCCGCGGCCCCCUUUGACAGCUCAGUCCUGCACAGCCUACAAUCUGGAGGACCGGCGGGCGCAACCAGGCACACCAACAUAGACCUGUUUGAUGACUUUGCGGAGGGCCGCGAGUGUGUGAACUGCGGGGCCAUGUCCACACCCCUGUGGAGGCGAGACGGGACAGGGCAUUACCUGUGCAACGCCUGUGGACUUUACCAUAAGAUGAACGGCAUCAACCGACCCCUUAUUAAGCCCCAGAGACGCCUGUCUGCCUCAAGGAGAGUUGGUCUGUCCUGCACUAACUGCCAUACCACCACCACCACACUGUGGCGCCGUAACGCCGAGGGGGAGCCCGUGUGUAAUGCCUGUGGCCUCUACAUGAAGCUGCAUGGGGUCCCUCGACCUCUGGCCAUGAAGAAGGAAGGCAUUCAGACCCGCAAGCGAAAGCCAAAGACCCCCAACAAGUCCAAAUCCGGGACGCCUGGUGCCGAGUGCCACCCACCUACCAGCAGUCCCGCAACCAGCAGCGGUGCAGAGGAGCUGCGGCCAAUCAAGACCGAGCCAGAAACCGCGCCCCUGUACACACACCACAGCACGCACGCUCAGGUCUCAUCUGUCCCAGCCUACAUGAGUGUCCAUAGCAGCAGCGCUCCCCUCAAACUGUCACCCGGGAGCCACCCCUCAUCAUCCAGCUCCAAAGGGGAGCCUUGGAACAGCCUGAUUCUGGCCUAGGGAUUCUGUCACCUGGACCUUCCUAUCCAUCUGAGCCCUGGAUCUGCUCCUGUCCAAUCCAGCCCCUGCCCUGGCAGAACCAUGGAAUCGCAGAAAUUUUCAUCUGAGUUCAUGCCUUCUGUCUCUGUCCUGCAGGGGCUUUAUGACUGGUUCCUAGACAUACCCUAAGUGCAAGAAUAUACUUUAACUUAGCUUUGUCCCUGUUCCUGUCCCUGGCCUCUUGUUUA